UACAAACUUCUCAAUCAUAUUUCUAAGGGACCGAACGAAGACAUGAAGAUUUUUCAGAAAGGGAUAGUUCAAGUGGUUUAUUUAGUUCUGGUAGUUUUGCUCUUUCUUGCUGCCAGACUAGGUUUUCAUGAAACCUGGCCACGAAAAUCUGAUUGUUUUGACAUGGGAACCGGCACCACCACAUGCCUAGCGAAGAGCCUCUUGAAGUUGAUUCCUUUAAUGAAGUACGUUCCUGACAGGCAAACAAGGGAUCCUCAAUCUGCUUUGGCAAAGUACAAUUGGGCACCUUACAUUGCUGCCUCGACGGAUCUGGCAGAAUCCCUUUACUCUAACCGUCCGACGGGAGAGGUAAUCAGCAAGGUUACGGGCACUUUCAUCGGUGAUCAAGUGGUCUCCCACGUCGCAAAAUUUUUGUUCGGGAGAUGGAAGAUUUGGGGGUUUCGUACGGGGAGUAUAAUCGGGGCUUACGUCGGAGGAAAAGUUGGGGUUAUGGUAUAUGAUUUGUACUAUUUAUACAAUUUCAUUUUCCAUGGAAGUGGAAAAAGUGUUGGUAGCCCCGUUCAUAAGGAGCUAUGAAAGCUACCGCCUAAAAUGGCUAAAGACAGAACAAGUAAGCACGUUCAUGGAGAAGCAACAAAUUAAUGUCUUUCCUCUUUUCCUUGGAAGCUUAGGAUUUAACUUUGUUGUGUUUGAAAAAAAUAAAUGGUCUGCCUCGAACCAUAUAUCACAGAAGUUUUAGGGUUAAUAAUGCAAUGGAUGGAAUAAUCUGUUAUUAAUGUUGUUAAUAAUUGUGAAUCUUAAAUAAAAAUCAGAAUUAUUUA